AUGGCUGCUAUUAAAGAUAAAUUAAAAAGAGUUUCAAAAGUUUUUACUUCAGAUUCAAAAGAAAGUUUAGAUAAAAAAGAUUCAGAACAAAUUGGUGGAAAAGAUAAUGAACAAUUAACAAAUACUGAACCAAUUGAACCUUCAUCAGAUGUUGUAACAAAUGAAGUUGUUGAAGAACCAAAUGCUACCACUACUGCUGCUACUGCCACUGAAACUGAAACUCCAAAAAUAGAAGAUUCAAAACCAAUUACUACCACUGAAGAACCAGUAGCACCAGUUGAAGAAACUAAAGUAUCAGUUCCAAAAUCAGAAAUUGAAGAAUCUCAACCAAUUGCAGCAGAAGAAGAAACCACUACUACUCCAGCAGCAGAUGCCACCGAAAUAGAAGCUGCUGAACCAACAACUGAAGCAGAACAAACUACAAAAGAAGGUGAACCAGUCGUAACUAAAUCAUCAACUUCCACAUCACCAAAUAAAAAAUUAUUAGAUUAUUUUAAAAAAUUAUAUGCUAAAUUUAAAAAACCAGUAGUUGCAAAAGCUUAA